CCCAGCCGUAUUAACAACGCUAAUGAAACACGCAUGUAAACUUACUGAAUUUGAAAGUUGAUGUUCAAAGGGCGGUGAGGGAAAAUGGGGUCAUGUAACCGGAAGGAGAGAUUCAGCAUCUAGGCUCAGUAUUUAACACCGUGUCGCUCCUUUAUCCAGCCGUCUGUAGGAAAGCCAGAGUUCGUCUGUGCACAUGGGACGCGAGGACAUUGGUGAUCACUUCGCGGAGACCAUCUGGUUUUUCAUGAAGGAGAAAGGAAACAUUGAUGUCGAAAUGCUGUGUACAUUCGUUUGAGAUAUAUACUUUUUUGUUCGAGCAAAAUCCAUUUGGAAAAGAGAGACUGCCUUCGAAAUAGUUCUCUUGCACCUAAUUUAAUUAUGCUACAAGCAUUAGUGCUGUAGGAUCACAAUCCUCGUCGAAAUUUCUUAUGAAUCUUAGUAUUUCUCUCAUCUGAAGAAGACGGGGAAACUCAAAAGUGCGAGGAACAAUGAAAAACGUAUUUAAUUUUCACCGCAAUUAUGUAUUGAUUCAAUGUGGCAGUGCGUGUGCCACUGACAGAAAGGAAUCAAGUAUAAGUUUCACUAGCGGCUACGCUUUGAGCUACUUCAAACUUUUCACUUUGUUAAUUUUGGUGCUGCCAGUUGUUUGUGCGCAUAAUAGAAAUCCUUUCAUUGCUCAUCGGGGACUUGGCUAUCGUCCAAAUUCUCACAUUCGUGGCGCGGAGCUUAAUAGCCAUGGAGCGUCUUCAUCUGUUGCUGAAACUGCAUACACAUAUAGGCCCCCUUCCAGGUCUCCCUUUGGUCCUCAGAAAACGAAGUACAAAAGUUCUCCUACACUGAACAACAGGUUUAUGUAUCAAGGCCACCAAAGUGUUCGAAGUACUCGGGACAGGAGACGACAAAGUCGGUUAGAACAAAGUCAGAAGAAAGUGCAAAGAUACUCAGACUACCGGUCACCGUAUCGGCAACAAAAAAAGCCAACUCCUCUUGAUCACAUGAAACUUCCUCUUGAAGAUGGCAACGCAAAAGAUUAUCUUAAAAAUACCAACGUUCAUGAGCUGUCCCAUACUUAUACCCAGCGAGAGAGAGCAAUAGCAAAGCGAAAACAAAAGAGCGUGACGAGGCAUAGACCAUCUCGAUACGGCCGAAAGAACAGAUCACCUAGGGCCAGUACGUUCAGCUCAUACACUCGGCUCACGGACAAAGUCACUCUUCAAACAUACAAGUCUCAAAGCCCGUGCCAGACAGUGAAAACUCACUGGGUUCGAGAUGAGAAGAAUUGCACUGUGUUCUUCGUGUGCGCGCGACGCAGGGUAGCAGCUGUCAUGACCUGCCCUGAUUCUCAUGUCUGGUCCAAUCGUGUGACCAACUGUGUCCCCGUCAAGUCGAGAUGGGACGACUGUGUCAGUCGUACACAAAUCCCGACAGGGAGACGGGCGCACAGUGUUAUCAACAGACAUGAGUCUCGCCAAUCUUUAGCUCAAAGUGAAAUAAGCGUACAGCACACGACUCAGUUAACCACAGCGUCUUCAGAACAAAGCAGCGAGUACCCCACAACCACUCAACAUGUCUACCCCAGUGCUCCCAGACAAGAUAAAAAAUACUAUUAUGAUGGAGGUAGGCGCUUGAAUUAUGGAAACAGAUACCGCUAUGCAGGCUAUGUAGUUCAGGGGAUAAAGCAGCCGCGUCACAGAUACGGCACUAAGACGACGAUGGCUGCUGAUCCCGUUAGAACAACAACCGUUACUUCUGUUCAAGACAUAGAAACAACUCGACAGAGUCCACGAUACCGUUUAAAGGGUAGAAAUCGACACGUUAGACCCACGCACACAAGUGACUCCAGCAAUAAAUGGCGGGCAAAGGAAAAAGAACAAAACCUGAACGUUGAACGGUCGGCGCCUCAUAGCCAUCUAAAAUUCCACAAAAACUUUAUCUCUUCCAGACCACACAGUAGUCGCGCCAUGAGGAACAGGUUUCGGCACAGGAAAAUGCCCCAAGAGGUUGUAGUCGUCGGUUUAGAUGACGGGCAGGGAUCGUCGGAUGGGUACGAGGUUGAAAAAGAACGAUCGCAUCCGACAAGCCAUGAGUCGACGACGACUAGUAACCCCACAAUAACAAGCUCUCAUUGGUGGGUUGAUAAAGUAGUCAGCAUUACCACUGAAGCUACCACUGAGCGUUCUACCACAACUGUGCCCACCACAACUACAGAGAUUCCAACCACAGAGCCAGAGACAACGAUAACUGAAAUUAUAACAACGACGCAGCCGAUCCGUCAUCCAAGUAUCAUUCGCACGAAACCCCGCCCCCAGAACACGACCAAGAAGCCGUAUACCCCGGAGUGUGGUAUAUCUGUGACCAGCAUGAUCGUAGGUGGCCUCCCGGCACGCCAAGGUCGCUGGCCGUGGGUGGUAUCUCUCCAGCUGUCUUGGGCUCACCGACAUGUGUGUGGGGCCACUCUGGUGCAUCCUCACUGGGUGCUCACAGCUGCUCACUGUGUGGCCGAACCAGACUUCAGUACAGCAGACGAAUGGAGAGCAAUCUUCUGGCAGCACGGCUCCUCCACAAAAAUUGACUUCAUAGCCAAGCAUCCAGAUUUCGUGAACGCUGACAACUUCCCCCAUGACAUCGCCUUGCUUCGACUUGAGACGCCGGCAGACGUCACUGGCUUCGACAUCCGCCAUGUUUGUCUGCCCUCUCGAGACAUGGGCAGUGACGAGGACUGGGAAGGCUGCUGGAUCAUGGGGUGGGGAGAGGGCAAAGGUCAGUCACAUUUAUGUAUCACAACGCAGUGGAAUCAAAUGAUCGUCACUUUUGAUACAUAUGGAGUUGUUAGUAUAAUCUUACAGUCUGUUCAUUACAAGGUGUUGAGCAACACCAAAAAAUAAAUUUUUAAAGGAUAAAAAUUGCCCAAUGGACAGAAAAUCUCGAUUUCUUCAAUUCAAUAUUUUGACGAGCGUGUAAUUUCACUAAAGACCGUGUAUACCGGUAGUAGACAAUCUUUGAUUU